UGAUCAUAUGACAGCUGGCUGCGUCCCACUUCCCUUCCUCGCUGGAAAAACGCCACAUCUGACGGGCAGUGAGAAACAAGACACAACCACGGGGGAGUGUGAACACCGAGCUCAAGAUGCUGGCACUAAUAAACCGGCUCCUGGACUGGUUCAAGUCCCUGUUCUGGAAGGAGGAGAUGGAGCUGACGCUGGUCGGGCUCCAGUACUCGGGAAAAACUACAUUUGUAAACGUGAUCGCUUCGGGACAUUUCAGUGAAGAUAUGAUCCCUACAGUCGGCUUCAACAUGAGGAAGGUCACCAAAGGAAACGUCACCAUCAAGAUCUGGGAUAUAGGAGGGCAGCCAAGGUUCAGGAGCAUGUGGGAGCGGUAUUGUCGGGGAGUUAACUCAAUUGUGUACAUGGUUGACGCAGCAGAUCGAGAAAAGGUGGAGGCUUCUAGAAACGAGCUUCAUAAUUUAUUAGACAAACCUCAGUUGCAAGGAAUUCCUGUUUUGGUACUCGGUAACAAAAGGGAUCUUCCCAGUGCUCUAGAUGAAAAGCAGCUCAUUGAGAAAAUGAAUCUGGCAGCUAUUCAGGACAGAGAAAUCUGCUGCUACUCCAUUUCCUGCAAAGAGAAGGACAACAUUGACAUCACACUUCAGUGGCUCAUCCAGCACUCAAAAUCCAGAAGAAGCUGAAAAUGCAGGAGUAGUUUGCCAGCUGUGUUUGCCAUGUUACCGUCAUGCCACCGCCCCGCCCCGCCCGUCACUCAGCCAUGAUGUAAAGUCGUAUCUUCAACUCACAUGCUGCUCUGUUCUGCUCGUGACACCUUUUAUUUUCUCCCUUUCUCACAUUGUGGUUCUUUCACUACCCUGAGAGUGCACUACUAAAGAUUUGAUUCUGAUUCCAAAUUUAAGGAAUGUUAUUGGCAUUAUUCAUCCUGUAAAGCUGUACUUUAACUUGGAGUCUGAACCAUUUAGGCAUUAUCCGGUUGAUCAUACCCGGCGGUUUAUAACACUCAUUUUCGGCUUAUAUAUAGAUAUAGAUAUAUAUAGAAAAUUAGAAAUUGUCUUCACACAGUCAGAUAUGAUGCCAGGAUAUUUCUGAUGUGGACAUGCAGGUGUUCCCAUUUCUGUUAAGCUCUACUCUGAUAGUCUUUGCUGACUGUCACCCUUCACUUGAUCAGGUUUUCUUCUUUAACAACAUGUCUAUUGUUUUAGAAAACUGUGCAUUUAGUCAAGUCAGCUGAUGCAGGUCUGUACAAAUAUCAAGCUAGUAUGAUUUUUACUGAUGUGAGUUGUGCGUGUAUGAAUUUAUGAUUCUAUUUAAAGUCUGAAUGUACUUAAAGUAAAGCUGUACGGGGUUGUGUGGUUCAUAUUGGCCUCUGUUUGUAAGUCGCCUCAGUGGAACGAUGUCGCUUGUGCUGCCUGGAAGCUGAGAGAGUGGCAGAAUUCAAAGUGCCUUGUGCAAUGUCUCUCACCUCUGAAGCGAAGCGGCAUGCAAGGUGUGCCUACCUGGGAAGAGUAAAAAAAAAAAAACAGCACUUCUGUAUAUUCAAAAAAAUAAAAAGGCAUGCUUUUUAAUUUAGA